AUGAAUUAUCUUUUUAUAAUCGGCUCUUUGAUAAUAUAUUCAAUUUUUGGUGAAUUAAUAUUGCUCACGAAAGGAGAUCAUUAUCAUGAGAUUUUUGAUAUUAACAAAUAUGAAAUUUCCACAGAUUGCAACGAGAAACACAUUUAAAUCCAGGAACACAAAGUCAAUGAGUAGGUUCAAUUGUUAGAGAAAACCUAAAUAGAACAAAUUGUCUACUACCCAAAUGAUUAGAAUACCAUACUCAUCUUGGAGAAGAUAGGUAAAAUCACCAUACUCUUCAAGGAUAAUCAAUAAUUCAAUUCUCCCUUCAAAGAAUUGGGAACAGUCGAUCUCAACACCAAGGGUCUACCUGAUUUCACCUGUAGCGAUAUGACUCAAUACUCACUCGACAUAUUUAUAGCUGUCUGCAAAUCAGAAAAUGAUAUUUACAUCUCCAUAAUUGAAUGCAUCGCUGAAGAUAAUAAAUAUUUAUCCGGUUGCUAUUCACAUCUGUACUUAAAUUCAGAGUAACUGAACAAUUGCGAUAACUUAAAUAUCAUCACUGAGAGUUCUUGGAGAGUCAAAGAUCCUGAGUAUUUUAGCAUUUAUUGUUCCUCCCAAGACAAUUUUAAAGUCAACAGACCACUAUUAAUUGGUAAAUUUAAUAAUCAAGCUAAUUCUAUAUAAAUGGCUAGACUUACCAGUUCAAUCAAUGAAAUUGAAAAAAUAUCCUUUUUCGAUGACAACACCCUUAUGAUAUUAGAUCAUCGAUCAGCAUUGCAUGUUUUUAGAUUUGCAUUCACAGAUGAUGGUGACAUCACCUACGAACAAUUAUUGUGGUAAUUGUUUUUACCGAAUGAAUUAUUUUAUGCACUCAGCUACUCCCAUGAACAAUAUGCCAUCAGAUUCCCACCCAUCGGAAUCAUAGAGAAUGACAUUCAAUAUAGCAUCGUAAUACUGAGCGAUCAUUUUAUAUAUGAAUUAGCUUUACCUCAAUAAUCGAAAGAUUUUUUCUUUACUGCACUCCCAAUUAAUGAUAAGAUUAGCAUUCGCAAUAUACUCAGUGAUAAGUAGAUCAAAAAGGGAUAAAUUCAAUAUGAUGAGUAGUUCUAUUAUGUUUGCUUUACUUACAUUUAAAAUUCUAUAGAAUGUUAUAGAAUUAAUAGACAUCAAUCCUACACUGAAAAAUUAUUACUUCGAAAUAAAUACCAACACCCCAUGCUAUUAACAUAUCCUGUUUCCUUUUCCACCAUAACUGGACAGACCAACAUUUUGAUAACUCAAUAGAUGAAUCAAACCAAGGCAGUUUUAAGUUUAAUUAAAAAUGAAAUUGAAAGAAUAACUGUAGUCUCCACAUCCAACGAUGAAUUUCUUUGUUCUAUUGUGUUAAUUCCUCAAGAAACUUCAAAGUGUAAUAUUAUGUAGAAUCGGAAUCAGAAAAUUACACUUAUGAUAUAUAAUCAAAAUUUUGAAAGCACCAAUUUAUACAAAAUAGACCAUUUGUAAAAUUACAACUUUCCAAAUACCGAUUCAACUGUCCUAUAUUCUACUUUAAUAAGAGGGCCUGCUGCUGUGCUUUAACCCAAGAGCGAUAAGAAAAAUGUUGAAGUCAUAAGCCUUUCUGGCUUCGGGUAUGAAAUGUGGGAAGACUUGUAUCAGAACUUUAUCUAGCAUUCUCGCAUUCCUAUUAGAUCGUUUUUAGAUAAAGGAUUCAGAACCAUAUUCUUACAGAUAGAUUAAGUCAAAAUGAUAAUUUAAUAGGAAAUUACAAAUACAAUUUAUUUUACUCAGAAAAUCUAUUCCUUAAAUUGUUCAUCAGUCAACAUUGUGAAGAAUAUAGUCAGCAUCUCUCCAUAUUAUAUAAUAUUCUAUUAAAAAACAACUUAUUACACAGUCUUGAAAAUGCUGAGAGUGGAAGAAGAUUUAUUGGAGUAUGAAUGUAAGAAUGUUGAGUAUCCACUCCACGAUUAAUAGCAUGAAGUAUUUGUAGACUUGGAUUACAUAAAUUUAUUUUUCACCACAAACAACACAAUCUAUUAUACUGACAUUUAUUUUAAAGGUGUGGUUACAAUAGAAAUUGAUCGUAAAUUUAGAUAAUUAAAUUUUCAAUUUUUAAAGAAUGACAUCAUUCUAGGAAGUCAUCAAAAUAAAUUAUAUUAGAUCCAACUGACAAAUCAUUUUCAAGCAAAUCAUUUUAAGACAACUAUUUCAGAAAUAGAAUUGGGUCAGUUGAGUCAUAAUUUUAAAUUCUUUGUUUUGCAACUCAGAAAACCAAUAUUGACAUUAGUUGUUGUAGAUGACAGAAUAACUCUAUACACAAUAGAUAAUUUAUAGGAUAUCAAGUUUGAUUCUAUGCUACCCUAAUUCAAUAGCAUUAUUAAUGCUAAUGAAACACAUCUAAAUUAUUAUAUGUUAAUAGUACCAACCAAUAAGCCAAAUGAAUUGUAUAUAUAUGAUUUGUCAAAGACUGGAUCAGAUAGAUUACAUGCAAUUCACAAAUAUCCAAUUGAAUCAUAACCGAUAACGAUAUGCUAUCCAAAAAUGCUUUCCUUCCUAUAUUGUUUGUAAUUUGCAAAUGCUGACAUAAAUUGCUACUUUAAUAAAAUGCUUGAAUUCGAACUGAUUGCUUCUGAUCCUACCAACAUUGAUAAUUAAUUCUCAGUUGCAAUCAAUGCCUAAUCUGCAUUAAGUUACAGUGUGCAAAAAACCCUCACUAUCAAUGGUAGUUUUAGAUAUUAGGAUACAAUGAUAGAGAAGAGCGUAAAAAUGUUGGAAGAAAUUGACAUCUACAAGACUAAUUAUACAACUGAAUUAAAAAUCAUGGAUUAUUAUUCUGGUCCUAUUUUCAAUUAUUAAUUGUAAAGUGCCAAAGACUACAACAUAAAAAUGGUGCCAUUCAUCUUGGAAUAGGAUGAUAAUUUAGUUAGAUUUAAGAUCAAUUAGACAAUUCUAGGAACAAGUGUUUCUAAGGAGUAUCUAAUCAUUUUGGGAGAUGAAAACAUAGGCAUAAUAGACAUUCCUCAAACCUAAUGUAAAAUAUCUUAUAAUGUAGAUCAUAAAUAAGUAAUUUAGAGUACCAUAGAUUAUGAUGAGAUCAAGAAUGUAUUUUUUGAUUAAGAUUAACCAACUGUGAAUAAUUGUACUAAAUCCUUUAUUAAUCCACUGUCAAUUGCAGAAUUAUCAGCCAUCCACAUAAUAGCCUUAUUUUGUUAAUCCAUGAUGGUGAGAGUCAAUGUCACUAACUAAAUUAAUCAAUUAAGUUUUACUAUCCUUUCGGAUAACCAACCAAUUGAGAAAUAGUUUUUAAACAAUUUCUUCUUCUUAAAUAUCAAUUUCAAAGAUUUCUUGUACUAAAAUCAAAGUUCUUUUCUUUUGGAAGAUGUGAAGAUGAUUAACUUCCCAAUUCAAUUUAAACCAAAGUAUAAAUUUAUUACUGUAACCGCUAUGGUGAAGGGAAAUAAAAGAUACGACUCUGAAGACCGAGCCAGAGAUAACUUAAUUUGUAUCUUCUAUGGAUACUUAGAUUAGAGUUAGAGUUCAUUAAUGAAUGGAUCACUUUUGGAUGUGAUUGGAGCAGCUAAUUUUAAUAGAAAUACGUUGAUUGUUAACAAUUUUUAGAUGUAUUGUAUUAAGGGUUGCAUCAUUCAGGACGCUAAUGAUAUCAAGAUUGAAACGAUUAUUGAGUUAAUAUUCAAUGAUCAAUACUCGUUUAAUCUGUAUAAGUUAUAGAUAAGUUUCAUAUACGCAACAAAAAGGCAGCCAUAAUACAAGCUGAUAAACGUGGAAACUCUAAACAUCAAAGAACUAAUGAGUAAUGUUAUUAAGAAUCAAAUUGAAUUCACAUACAUUGACACUGAAGUUCAAUUCCAGAAUGAGUCGACUUAUACAAUUAAUGUAACGACGGAUUCCCUAAGUUUUGAUUUAGUUCAAAUUUAGGGACGAAUUGAGAUUGAAUAGAUUUUCAAACAAUACACACAGUGUCAGAGUCCACCUGGAUCGUUGAAGGCUUCCCAUAAUUAGUAUUUCGCUAUUAGUUGUAGAAAUGCAUCUAGAAACUACUCUGAGCAAACUCAGUUUGUUAAAUUGUUCUUAAGGGGCCAAUAUUAAAUAAAUCAUUCAGUGAAGUCUGUUAUCCAGGCUGCUUAGAUAUAAGGGAAUCUAAUGUUGUUGGACAUACAAAAGGGGUAUUUGAAUGAACAUGUUCGAAUGUUGAUUUUGGAAUAAGACUAUAACUAAUAAGAUUUUUAGUUAAGGUGGUUUCAUCUCAAUGAUCAGUUUACAUUAUUAGCUGAUUAGAAUAGUACUCCUAAGAGUGUAUUGAAUGUGUAAUUGUGUCCUAGCAAUUUAAAUGAGAUCCAAGGUUUGUGUAUGGAUAUCACAAUUUCAAAUACGGGAUAUCAUCAUUACAUAACAACGGAAUGGCUAUUAUUUAUAUUUUUGAUUGGUUUGCCCUUGAUCAUAAGUUGUAGUUUUAUAAUAUUUUGCAUCAUCAAUUAUAAGGCAGAAAAGUAAAAAAGAGUUGAAUCUUUUGGAAUGAAUCUUGAACAGUAACUUAAGAAAUAGUCGUCUCAUGUAUAAUAAAGAAUGGAAAAUACUAUCUAUUGA